AUGGCUGCGUUGGAGAACAUCUUAUACGGAGCGAACUUGAGCAAUAUCCUUUCGGCGCACAAGAACACGGUGUUGGAUGUUCUGGCUUGGAUGCCAUACGGUGUUACGCAUAUCGGCGCUCCAUUCGUGGUUUCUGGGCUGAUGUUCGUCUUUGGACCACCCGGAACGUUGCCAGUAUGGGCGAAAGCGUUUGGAUACAUGAAUCUGACGGGCGUGGUCAUUCAACUAUUCUUCCCGUGCUCUCCGCCAUGGUAUGAGAAUCUGUACGGUCUUGCUCCGGCCAACUACACCAUGAAAGGCAAUCCGGCUGGUCUUGCCGCGAUCGACAAGCUGUUUGGCGUGGAUCUAUACACAUCCACUUUCAUCGCCUCACCAGUGGUAUUUGGUGCCUUUCCGUCGCUACACUCGGGCUGCGCAACGAUUGAGGCAUUGUUCAUGUCUCAUCUCUUCCCGAAGCUACGACCACUUUUUGUGAUCUACUUCCUCUGGCUUUGGUGGGCAACGAUGUAUCUCAGCCAUCAUUACGCCGUGGACCUGGUAGCCGGCAGCCUGAUCUCGGCAGUGGCAUACUUUGUGUCGAAAGGCACUUUCUUGCCACGACUACAACCAGGUAAAAUGUUCCGGUGGGACUACGAUUACGUGGAGCGAGGAGAGCCGAUCGACGCAGACGCUCCAUACGGUCUGACCGAUAUAGAAGAGUACUUGCUGCCUGACAGCGACGAAUGGACAAUCGCCUCCGGAUCAAGUCUGUCGGGUAAUAACAGCCGGGAACCAUCAAUUGGUAUGCGGUCACCUGGUGCCGGCGAUAAUUGGGACGGCGAUACUCUUGCGAGCUCGAGCGAUCACGAGGAUCACAAGCUAUAG